CACCAAACCCGCUCCCUUCUGCGCGCUCCGUGUCGGACCGCAGCCACCGGGAGCCUUUUAACCGGGUGCAGUGUUCUGGGCCGAGCUGAACUGAGUGGCUUUUUGCGAGGCGGCGUGUUUGGAGCGGGUCUCUGGCGGUCGUUCAGCCGGAGUUAACUCGCCCACCGGCGGCGCACAAAACCUGGGAGAGCCGGGUCAGCCGAGCGGCGCAGCCCGGCGCCCCGCCCCGUGAAAAAGCCCCUUUCUCAGUCUGUGGACCGAGUACGACGCUUAUUUACGUGGUUCCAGACGUGGAGCCAGCCGUCUAGCCUUCCCGCUUUAGCAGCAAUGAAGUUGGGUCAACGAAGCUCAAGUCAGUUUGAACUUCGCCGUUCCACCUUAAACGGCGCAGCAGUUACCUUCAGCGGGUUGAGGCCUCGAGGCUUCAGAAUGGAACCGCUGCACCGUUUAAGGUGGAACGGGGGAAUUCGAAUAGGAAGCCAACUUUAGCCUCGUAGUUGGGUCACUUCAUGGAUCGCCGAUUAGCGGUGUAGCCGCUCGGCUGGCCGAUAAAUGAACUGAACAGCCCGGGGACCUGAAACGUUUUCAGCUGCCAAGAUUUCGGCUUUGAGUCGAAGUCACAGCCACCAGUCGCCAUUAUGUUGACCGGCUCUUCGACCCUGACCCACAGAAAGUCCUGCAGGGAGUCAUUGACAUGAAGAAUGCAGUCAUCGGAAACAACAAGCAGAAGGCCAACCUGAUUGUGCUGGGAGCCGUGCCCAGGCUCUUAUAUUUACUCCAGCAGAGCUCUUCCAGCGCAGAGUUGAGGACAGAAUGUGCGGUGGUGUUGGGCAGCUUGGCCAUGGGCACCGAAAACAACAUCAAGUCCCUGGUGGACUGUCACAUCAUCCCCGCCCUGCUACAAGGUCUCUUGUGUCCUGACCUGGUCUUCAUUGAGGCCUGUCUGCGUUGUUUAAGAACAGUUUUCAUCAGUCCUGUCACACCCGUGCAGCUGCUCUACACGGACCCCACUGUGAUCCCUCACCUGAUGUCUCUGCUGAGCCGGUCCCAGCGCACACAGGAGUACAUCACACAGAUCUUCUCUCACUGCUGCAAGACUGCAGAGCAUCAAACCGUUUUAUUCAACCAUGGUGCCAUACAGAACAUCGCGCCUCUGCUCAUCUCUCCAUCCUACAAGGUACGAAUGCAGGCAUUAAAAUGUUUCUCCGUCCUGGCAUACGAGAACACUCAGGUGUCCAUGACUCUGGUGAAUGUGCUGGUGGACGGGGAGCUGCUCUCUCAGGUUUUUGUCCGAAUGAUGCAAAGGGAUAAACCCAUCGAAAUGCAGCUGACAGCAGCCAAAUGUUUAACAUACAUGUGUCGAGCAGGAGCCAUCAGGACGGACGAUAACUGUAUUGUGCUAAAGACUCUGCCGUGCCUGGUGCGGAUGUGCAGUAAGGACCGGUUGUUGGAGGAGCGAGUGGAGGGGGCGGAGACUCUGGCCUUUCUCAUGGAGCCGGACGUGGAGCUGCAGCGGAUAGCCAGCAUCACUGACCACCUGGUGGCCAUGCUAGCAGACUACUUCAAAUACCCCAGCUCGGUCAGCGCCAUCACCGACAUCAAGAGGUUGGACCAUGACCUGAAACAUGCUCAUGAGCUCAGGCAAGCAGCCUUUAAGCUCUACGCCUCUCUGGGCUCUAACGAUGAGGACAUUCGGAAAAAGAUCACAGAGACUGAGAACAUGAUGGACAGGAUAGUGAGCGGCCUUUCCGAGUCCAGCAUCAAGGUCCGCUUAGCCGCCGUCAGAUGUCUCCACAGUUUGUCGCGAUCUGUGCAGCAGCUGAGGACGAGUUUCCACGACCACGCCGUAUGGAAGCCGCUAAUGAAGUUAUUACAGAACGCCCCAGACGAGGUGCUGGUCAUGGCCUCUUCAACACUAUGCAAUCUUCUACUGGAGUUUUCACCCAGCAAAGAGCCCAUCCUGGAGUCAGGGGUGAUUGAGUUACUAUGCAGCUUAACACAAAGCGACAGUCCAGCGCUGAGAGUCAACGGCAUCUGGGCUCUUAUGAACAUGGCCUUUCAGGCAGAUCAGAAGGUGAAGGUGGAGAUCAUGAGGGCGCUCGGGACAGAACAGCUUUUCCGGCUCCUCUCGGACCCCGACGCCAACGUGCUUAUGAAGACGCUCGGCCUGCUGCGGAACCUGCUCUCCACGCGGCCACACAUAGACCAGAUCAUGAGCUCACACGGCAAGCAGAUCAUGCAGGCAGUUACACUGAUCCUGGAGGGAGAGCACAGCAUAGAGGUCAAGGAGCAGACGUUGUGCAUACUGGCUAACAUUGCUGAUGGCAACACAGCCAAAGAGCUCAUCAUGACCAAUGAUGACAUGCUCCAGAAAGUCAAAUACUACAUGGGUCACUCGAAUGUGAAGUUGCAGCUGGCUGCCACCUUCUGCAUCUCCAACCUGGUGUGGAACGAGGAAGAUGGUUCCCAGGAGAGGCAGGACAAGUUAAGGGAAAUGGGCUUUGUAGAUAUUUUACACAAACUCACCCAGGCGUCCGAUCCAAACCUCUGUGACAGAGCGAAGACAGCGAUGCAGCAGUAUUUGGCGUGACGCUGAGUGAUGAAGGCAGGAAACCUCCUGAUUCAACAGCAGCUGAGAAGUUGGGCCUCCCUGGUUGUUUUGAUUGGGGUCUUUUUGUUUUUCGUUUGGAGUUUUUGGCUUUUUUUUUUUUUUUCGGGUUUCGUUGCACAAGACACCUUUUGACUCCUCGGAUUAACCCCGUAACCUAGAGACACGGUUGCCAGGGGCAACACCGCAUGACGGUUUGGGCUUUCAGACGUUUUGGCUUCUACUUUUUGUGCUGAACUUGUAGAAGAUGAUUUUGUUUUUGUUUUUUGUUUGUUUUUUGUUUUUUUCCCUUUUUGGACUUGAUGUGAUCUGUUAAAGAAAAAGACUCUUCUGCUUGUGCUGCAGUGCCACCUGGUGGUUUGGAAGCUUUGGUGCUUUGGACUCCGUCGAGAGGAGACCGAAGGGUCUCGAGACUGCUAAGCUAAACAGACUAAGGGCAGGGUCAAAAGGAGCGUCGCCUCCGUGUUUCAGUUGCUGACUCGUUAUUGAUAUUAUUAUAUUAUUAUCUUAUUAAUUAUUAAUGUUGUUUUAAGAGGGGCUUUGUUAGGAGGAGACAAAGUUAAAAAAGACUGCUUUUUGUGGAUACAUACCUCGUAAAUAUAUAUAUAUAUAUAAAUAUAUAUAAAUAUAUUUUUCUCGAUUUAUAAUUUUCCCUCAGAUUUUCUUUUCCCUCUGUGCUUUCCUCUAAAUGAUGAAGGUUAUUUGGAGGGGGCGAGGAGACGUCUGGUGGAAGACGGCGCCGUGAGGACUAUUUUUGAGUGUGAGGGGUGAAACAGCCGUUAAAAACAAUACAGAAAAGUAGAAUCAUGCCACUAAAAAUAAAAAUGAAUUGAAGAUAUUAUCGAAGCUCCUAAUGAAAUCGAUGAUUUUUGAAUUUCAUUUCGAGUUCAUAUAUUAAUGUUUAUUAAUUCAAUUGAACGGGUUUUUGACCCUUAAUUAGCUUUAAGUUUUUCACUGUUAUUUCACUUUUAUCUUUAAUAAAGUUCUGCAAACGUCUCCCCUCAGACUUCCAUGGUGGGAGUCCGCAGACAGUCCAGCCCCCUGUGGAAGGUGAAGAGCUGUUUGUUUUUGCCACUCUUUGUUGUUCUGUCUUUUCUUUUCCAUGGACCAGAAUCGGCCUCCUCACAACCCCUGACCUCCAGCACUCGGUCCCUCUUUUUGGAGCUUUAGAAUGAAUGUUUCUAUUGAAAUAUAUGCAGACUUCUGCCAUGGAG